UUCCUCCCGUUCCGUUCCCGCGAUUCCGGAGCCGCCGCGAUGACCCAGGCCGAGCUCCGGCUCUGCUCCCUCCUGCUGCGGGAGCAUUUCGGGGAAAUCGUGGAAAAAGUCGGGAAUUCCCUGCUCCGGACGGGCCCGCGGCCGCUGCGGCUGCUGGUGGGGGACACGGGGCUGCUCCCGGAUCAGGUACGGGCUGCGAGGGAGGAGGGAAUUUUAACAUACCAUGGAAGGUGGGAGAGGAACUCAGAAAAACGGGAUUUGGGAGAGGGGAAUGGGAUCAGAGAUACUGUAGGGUGGCCAAUCGCCUCACCGAGACCAUGGAAGGUGGGAGAGAAACUCCUGUAUCCCAAAAAAAUGGGAUUUGGGAGAGGUCAAUGGGAUCAGAGAUACUGUGGGGUGGCCGAUCGCCUCACCGAGACCAUGGAAGACGGGAAAUCCAUGGACUACGCCGAGGUGUCCAACACCUUUGUGCGCCUGGCAGACACCCACUUCAUCCAGAGGUGCCCCAUGGCCCCAGAGGUGCCCCCAGAUGGCAAAGUGCCCCCAGCCCCUGCCCUGGGCAUCGCUGACAAGGACAUGUACGCGGUGCCCCGCCUCAGCCUCGUCGGGAAAGGGAAGAGGAGACGCUCGUGUGACGAGGAAGAGGAGGGAGAGCACAAAGCCAAAAGGCAGAAGCAGGAGGGAGGAAGCUCAGAGGCUCCCCCGGAUGAUGGCAUUUACUGGCAGGUGAACCUGGAGCGUUUCCAUCAGCAUUUCCGUGACCAGGCUCUGAAAUCCAAAUUUUUUUCCCUGCAGUUGGAGUUUGUGGGGAAGUCGGGGGACAGUGGAGGGGGCACCUACACUGUCAACCUGCACAAGGCCCUGGUGUCCCUGGCCACGGCCACGCUGGAGUCCAUCGUGGAGGAGAGGUUUGGCUCUCGCUGUGCCCGCAUCUUCCGGCUGCUCCUGCGCAAGAAGCACCUGGAGCAGAAGCAGGUGGAGGAUUUUGCCAUGAUCCCAGCCAAGGAAGCCAAGGACAUGCUCUACAGGAUGCUCUCGGAGAACCUGGUGGCCUUGCAGGAGAUCCCCAAGACCCCAGACCACGCUCCGUCCCGCACCUUCUACCUGUACACAGUGAACGUGAUGGCUGCUGCUCGCAUGCUGCUGCACAGGUGCUACAAG